UAAGAUCCCAUCGACGGUUAAUUUCAUUUUAGCUACGCAACUAAAAAACCUCCAUAUGCAUCGAUUGACUCGUUAUACACUCACCUAUCUCAACUCGUCCGAGUCACAACGAUUCUACUCAUUCAUCGGCGAUUCCCGCCUUCGCUUUUCAACCGUCAAAUAUCUCGCCGCUCCAUUCUCCGUCACAAACCCCGGCCACAAAUCCUUAUCAAUUGCCUCAAAUUCCAAAACUUUCUCUGCCGUACCCGGCCGCUUUACGCCGGCGGGAAUGGAUUCGGAUCGGCUUGCGGCGUCCGGAUUCGAGGAUUUUGUUCGAGUCGAUGGAGAAAUUGUUAAUUCUACAAAUUCAGAAGGUUCUGAUGAGAGCGUAGUGGAAGAACGAGGGGUUGAUGAGGUUUCUUCGGUGAAUGAAGAAGGUGAAGGUCAAAGUCAACCAUACGAAAGGAGGGUUUUGCCGGAGGAACUUUCGAGGAAUGUAAUGACACUCACUUGUGAAUCUUCUGCCGAUGGAGGCAUUUGCGAUGUGUAUGUUGUUGGCACAGCUCACGUUUCUGCGGAAUCCUGCCAAGAAGUCGAAGCCGUGAUCAAUUUUCUGAAACCGCAGGUCGUUUUCUUGGAGUUAUGCUCGGGUCGAGUGGCUGUACUUACACCUCAUAAUUUAAAGGUACCAACUAUGGUGGAAAUGAUGGAUAUGUGGAAGAAGAAUCAAAAUCCAUUUGGGAUACUCUAUAGCUGGUUUCUUGCUAAG